AUGAACGUUUAAUAAAAUAAGACAUCAUCACUUAAGGAUUUUUAAAUCAUUUAAGAGUUAGGAAAGGGAUCAUUUAGUACAGUUUAUAAGGUACUUUUAAUGUUUAAUAAUCAGGUGAAAAGAAUAGCAGAUGGAUAAGAAUAUGCAUUAAAGAAAGUGAAAUUAGGAUCUUUAAAAUAGAAAGAAAAAGAGAAUGCAUUAAAUGAAGUUAGAUUAUUGGCUUCAAUUAAUAAUAAAUAUAUUGUAGCCUAUAAAGUAACUUAAAAAUAAUAAAAAUAGGACGCUUUUUUUGAUGAUGAAUCUAGAUGUUUAUGUAUUGUAAUGGAACUUUUAUCAGGAGGUGACGUGUAUCGUAGAAUUACAUAGGCUUUAAAGGGAGGACCACAAUUCUCAGAAUAAGAUGUAUGGAAAGCCUUGAUUCAUAUGAUCUUAGGGUAUGACAUUAUAGUAAAAUAGAUUGAAAACACUUCAUGAUUAGAAAAUAGUGCAUAGAGAUUUAAAAUCAGCAAAUAUAUUUUUAUCUAGAGAUGGAACUUUUAAAUUGGGAGAUCUGAAUGUGUCAAAAGUGGCUAAAUAGGGAUUUGUGUAUACUUAAACUGGAACACCAUAUUAUGCUAGUCCAGAAGUGUGGAGAGAUGAACCUUAUAAUUUAAAGAGUGAUAUUUGGUAUAUAAAUUUAAGUAUAUUUAAGGUCUUUGGGUUGUGUUCUUUAUGAAAUGUGUUGUUUGUAAACACCCUUUAGAGCAAAAGAAAUGGAUGUUCUUUUUUAAAAAGUAUAGAAAGGUUUAUAUGAUUAAAUACCUGCCAAAUAUUCCAAAGAUCUAGCCUAUAUCAUAUCUUUAUUAUUAAAAACAUAAUCUUCAUCAAGACCAAAUUGUGACGAAUUAUUAUAAAUUCCAAUUAUUCAAAGUAGAAUGAGGGAUAUUGAAACUUAUGUUAAUAAUUAACCAUAAAAUUAAGAACUAUUAAAGACUAUAUAAAUCCCCAGAACUAUAGAUUAAUUAAAUUCUUAAUUUCCAAAAUCUAAAUACGAAAAUGAAAUUAUGAGUAUUGAAAGAAACAUAGAAAAUAAAUCAACAGAAAAUUCAUCCAGUCCUUUUAGAUCACCAUAAUAAAUAACUAAAACAUAAUAAGAUUCUCUAUUAAGCUAAGGAAAAGAUAAAUAAAUAAUUGAUAUCACCAAAAGUAUAGCUUACAUAGAAAAAUAGAACAAACAUCCUUUGUUAGUUGAAGGACCAAGACCAUCUGCAACAAGAAAAACUGAAAAACCAAAAUCUGCCUAACCACAGCUUCGUAACUAGAAGGAUGAAUAAGGAUAAUAAUAAUUAAGUAAUUCUAAUGUAAAGAAUUCACAAAUUAAUAAAUACAAUGAAUCUGAAAAUCUUAGAAUAAAAAGGGAAAAUGACCUUAAAGCUAUGUAAGAACACUAAGAUUUAAAAUAUCGAGAGCUAAGAGACUUGAAAUAAGUCCGAGAUGCUUCUAGAGGUAUAAAUACUGAAAAUAGACGAGUUUCACCUAUUUCUUAAACUAGAUAAAAUGGAUAAUAUGGACAAUAUUAAUAAUAACAAGAAGUAUAAAAACAAUCAUAUUCUCCUAUUACUAGGAAAGUAGAAACACCUUAAUAUAAUAAGUAAAUAUAUCAAUUAACAAUUAGUAAUAGAAUUGUACAAAGUCAAAUAUAAAGUAGACCACAAAUCAAUCAUUCUAUAAAUAUUAGUAAUCCAAGUUUAUAAAUUCAUCAUGAAAACUUAACAAGCAAGAAAUAAUAAAUUCCACAAUCAGCAGCACCAAACACUUAAAAAUACUCAUCAAAUCAAUAAUAAAGACCAAUAUCUGAUAGAUAUUAACAUCCUUAAUCUGCAUUACCAUCAAGAGUAGAAUAACAGAAAUUAGAAAGAUAAUAAGUAUUUCCAGUUUAAGCAAGAGUAAAGACUAAACAAAUUGAACAAAAAAAUUAAUCAAUAAAAUAGACAAGGCCUUUAUCUUCAAAUUUGAUUCCUAAUGAAAGAUUAGUAAAAUAAGAAUACUAACCAUAAUGUAAUUAAAUACAUGUUAAUUACAACCAUUAUUAUCCAAUUGAAACAUAUUAAAGACAUGCAUCUGAUUAAAAUUUAAUCAGAUAUUAGUAAUUUGAUUUUAUUAUAAAUUUUAGAUAACGAUAAUAAAAUAGAUAAGUAAGGCAAAAUAUUGAAGGUAGAAGAAUAUGA